AUAACACAUAUUUCGUACAAAAGGCCAGUACUAAUCAUAAGAGGAUCCAUCGGUCCAACGCAACAGCAACUCCAGUAUAUCAACCAGCAUGAUCCGUGCCAACAAACGGGCACUUCGGAAAGCCAUGAGGGCCACGCUCGGAGAACUACCAGCAGAAGACAUACAGUUUCAGUCGCAGGUUAUCGCAGCCAAGGUUAUGGCUCUCCCUGCCUUUCAAAACAGCCGAACGUUUAGCUGUUAUCUCAGCAUGCCCACUGCAGAGGUUCAGACAACGUCGCUAAUACUGGAUAUCCUAGCAAACAAGCAGAAUAAGCUGUUUGUACCAACCGUAGUUCCCGAGAACGACCAUAUGGACUUCGUACGGCUUCACGACGAACAAGACCUUCACGGCUUGCCUAGCGGUUUGUGGGGCAUCCCGCAACCUACGGCGCAAUGGAACAAUGAAAAACGUCAAAGUGACCUAGAUGUCAUUCUUCUCCCAGGCGUUGCCUUCGAUCGGUCCUUAUCGCGUCUAGGCCACGGUAAAGGUUAUUAUGACAAAUUCCUAUCCUCCUAUACCGCUGCGGCGAAAAGGCCACGCCCACUUCUAGUUGCGCUGGCUUUACAACAACAAUUGCUUGAUGCAGGAUCAGUACCCAUCACGGACACCGAUUGGAAAGUAGACAUGAUUAUUACACCAAAUGACAUCGUUACCAAAGAAAAUUUGCCUAAAGAUUCAGCCAAAGCAUAGCUUUCCACAGGACAGCUAUGCAUUGUGUUGCGAGACAUACUCGAUCACUCCAUGUUAUCCUUUGUAUAUCCACGCUGCGAGUCAGCCAUCGAGAAAGCCGGUGUUCGUUAGCCU